AUUCAACGACCAUGAUGCAACAGGACGAAGACCCGUCGACUCUGUGCGAUGUGUUCGAGCAGAUGCUCCAGGUGAACGAAGACCUCCUUGCCGCGGCUGCAGAGCAGCAACAGUGGAGCGACUCGCCGCAGCCUGGCGACGAAUGUUUGCAGAAUGCAACGGCGUACCAGCUUUUGCUCCACAAGAACCUGCUUGAAAUGGCCAACUUUGUCGAUUCGUUAUGCGGUGUCUAUGUCAGUGUGGAUCACGGAUCCUCGUCGAGCACAGACCCUCCGUGUUCGAAGAAGCCUCGUACCAGCGACAGCGACGAGGCACCCCACGGCACCAUGGAACCGAGCCUCCUCCUGUCCACAUUACAUGCGAACGAGAGCUUGCGAGCACGGCGUCGCACGGAAAAAAAGUUUUUGUCGUUUCAGAAAAAGGUCAAAGAACAAGAAGACUAUGACAAGCUUCCACUCCCGCUAUUACACCCUUCGCUGCCUGGACAGCAGCCCCCCAACUUGGUGACACCAUCGCCUUCCCCAGCGUUCGCGCCGCCUCCGAUGCUUCAACCGCCACCCCAUCCAUCCAUAUUGAAAGUUUCUCACACGAUGUUGCGGCCGUGCCAGUUGCCCCUGCCUCCAACAGUCCCGACGCCGGCGCCAUUGCUCACGGUCCCUUCCGUUCCCAUGCACGCGUUCGCCACCAACGUAUCCAUGGAUCCGCUUGUGCAAUUGCCGGUCAAAACUCCCCGGCUUGUUGUUGCGAAAGAAGAGUGCCUGGCAUGCCAUCGACUCGGGAAAAGCGUCAAGAUUUGCCGUGCCGUUUGGAAACACACCACGCCGUCGUGGAAGUCGUUGAUGCUUCCGUUGCCGUCGAUGCUGGCACCGACCUCCAUGUUGAUGGGCGACGGGUUGCUCUUGCCGCACGCGUCGAUGGGGUGGCCAACACCAUACUUGCCGGCGUUUUCGAUGCCAACUGGGAAAGCGCCAACGUCCGCGGCUCGCCGUACUUUCAAACGAAUGUGCGAACAAUGCAAGUUAGACCAUCAGAGUUUGUACCAGUGCCGCACGGUGCUCCGACACGACGACCCAGAGUGGAAGCGAACCGAACGCCCUCCAGGAGAGCCAGGAACGUCUCAGAGAUCGUACUCGCGAUGGACAGAUGCGGAAAUGCAAAAGUUCCACGAGUUGGUCGAAGUCCAUGGCUAUCGCGACGUAACGAAGCUCGCGUAUUGCCUUCAGUCAAAGGACAAGAAGCAAGUAAAGAGUUAUCUCCAGAGAUAUCUGAAGGCGAAACAUGAUGGCGACGGAUGAUCUCGCGCCUUCGUGGUCUGCGUGGGUGUGCCCCACGAACAGGACAUACUUGAACACUGCGCCAGCCUCGUCCCGACUCAUGAGUCGUUCGCUCUUGUCGUCGCAGUAUUUAUUCCGAGCCUUCUCAGCGGCUCUGUGCACGAUCAAUUUUGAUUUUCGUCAACUGGAUGGACCUUGUUUGAGUCGA